UAACUUUUAUUUUGUCUAUAAAUUGUUGAAUGCAAGAAAUGAACUAGUGCAAUACAAACAAUAGUAUUUUGUAGCUGGUUCUUUCUUUUGAUAGAACAAUGACUUAUGUUAAGCUAGCUCCUUUGGCUGUCUUCUUGCUUGCCGCAUUCUUGAUAUUCCCAAUGAAGAAAGUAGAAGCAGAUAAAUGUGGCGCUUAUUGCCCUUACCCUCGACUUUAUUGUAGUGGCGAUUGUGACUGCGAACCCUUUAUUGCAUCACUUCCUCCGCGGCUUAACUUUAAAUGUGUCACUCCUCAUUCAUCUGCAGAGCUUAAGAAGAAGGUAGAGGAACAACCUAAGUUAUGUUGGUCUCAUACUGAAUGCACAGAAAAGGGUAGUGGGAAUUAUUGUGCUCGUUUUCCUAAUUCCAAUCUCAAAUAUGGCUUGUGUUUUCCCUCUAUCUCUGAAGCAGUAAACACAUUCAAGAUGGCCUCUAGCUUGAAAUUCGAAAAAGACUUCUUGAAGAUGUCUCUUCCUGCUUAAUAUCGAUAUUAUGCAUUUAUGUACAACUUUAAAUAAUUGGGUUUCUUAAUAUCCAUCCAAAUUUCAAUAAUGAUGUAUGUUCAUGGUUUUCCUUUCAUCAGCAUAUCUUAUGCUUUUGUUAGGCCUGUUGUUUAAUUAAUAUAUGUUGUUUUUGUUGAA